CCUACACACCCACCUCCAGACACACUCGCAUUUCUCAUUUCUUACUUCUACACUAAAUUAGAUAGCAAGACGCAGUGCCGGAGCUCACACGUCGCAGAGAAUUAGUUUGAAGUGUUAGCGGUAUAGGUGAGCAGAGAAUCUGAAAUUCAACAUGGAGUCCCCUCCAGAUCCAGCGAGCGACCCGGGCAACAGCGCCUCGGAGCCGGCUACCCCGGUCAGGGAAACCCCGGUAAACCUGGAGACGCUCCGGAAAGCGGAGCAUCCAGCGCCGGUUCGGAGGCAGACCUGCUCCAGCACCAACAGAGGUAUCUCAGUAACAAAGAAGACACAUACUUCUCAAAUCGAAAUAAUUCCCUGCAAGAUCUGUGGAGACAAAUCAUCAGGCAUCCAUUACGGCGUUAUAACAUGUGAGGGCUGUAAGGGCUUCUUCAGGAGGAGUCAGCAGAGCAAUGCCGCGUACUCCUGCCCCCGUCAGAAAAACUGCUUGAUCGAUCGCACCAGCCGCAACCGCUGCCAGCACUGCAGGCUGCAGAAGUGUCUGGCAGUGGGAAUGUCACGAGAUGCGGUGAAGUUUGGUCGGAUGUCGAAGAAGCAGCGAGACAGCCUGUACGCUGAGGUGCAGAAGCACCGGCUGCAGCAGCAGCAGCGGGACCACCAGCAGCAGCCCGGGGAGGCGGAGCCGCUCACGCCCAGCUACGGCCUCUCGGCCAACGGCCUCACGGAGCUCCACGACGACCUCAGCGGCUACAUGGACGGCCACACCCCCGACGGCACCAAACCGGACUCGGCGGUCAGCAGCUUCUACCUGGACAUCCAGCCGUCUCCCGACCAGUCGGGCCUGGACAUCAACGGCAUCAAGCCGGAGCCCAUCUGCGACUUCGCCCCCGGCUCCGGCUUCUUCCCUUACUGCUCGUUCACCAACGGAGAGACCUCUCCGACCGUGUCUAUGGCUGAACUAGAGCACCUGGCCCAGAACAUCUCCAAGUCGCACAUGGAGACGUGUCAGUACUUGAGAGAGGAGCUGCAGCAGAUGACCUGGCAGGCCUUCCUGCAAGAGGAGGUGGAGAGCUACCAGAGCAAGCCCCGGGAAGUCAUGUGGCAGCUGUGCGCUAUCAAAAUAACGGAGGCCAUUCAGUAUGUGGUGGAGUUCGCCAAGCGCAUCGACGGCUUCAUGGAGCUGUGUCAGAACGAUCAGAUAGUGCUGCUGAAAGCAGGCUCUCUGGAAGUCGUGUUUGUCAGAAUGUGCCGUGCCUUUGACUCGCAAAACAACACAGUCUAUUUUGAUGGAAAAUAUGCUGGACCCGACGUGUUCAAGUCAUUAGGCUGUGACGACUUGAUCAGCUCCAUCUUCGAGUUUGGGAAAAACUUGUGUUCUAUGCACCUGUCUGAGGAUGAGAUCGCCCUGUUCUCUGCCUUCGUGUUGAUGUCUGCUGACCGGUCCUGGCUGCAGGAGAAGGUGAAGGUGGAGAAACUCCAGCAGAAAAUCCAACUGGCUCUGCAGCACGUCUUGCAGAAGAACCACAGAGAGGACGGUAUACUCACAAAGUUGAUAUGCAAAGUGUCGACACUGCGAGCGCUGUGCAGUAGGCAUACAGAGAAGCUCACAGCUUUCAAAGCAAUAUACCCAGACAUUGUGCGUGCCCACUUCCCCCCCUUAUACAAGGAGCUGUUUGGAUCAGACUUUGAGCAGUCCAUGCCCGUUGACGGGUAGCAGCCCCCUCCCCUCCCCCGAGGAGCCAGUGUGCCCACCGUAGGGGAAUGUGGAGGAGGAAUCUGAGACACUUUACUGGUGCCCUGCACAAACCGGAGCGGACAGAUGGCACGCUGUUCAACUUCUUCUUUUACAUUGGAGGGGAGGGCAUUGGGGAAUUGAUUGUCAAGGUUUACUUUAUUGAAUUUUGUUCUCUUUUGGAAGAAAUGUGGGAUCCAACACCCCCACGGGACAUGAAGAGGAGAUAGGAACAAAUAACUUCUGUUUGGCUGAACUUGACUCUCUUAUGCGCAUUAUUGCAAUGGCAGUAAGUCCGUGUUCGUUGGUUCGUUCAUUCAGUUUUCACCAGAAUUCAAACCCACUUGUCUUGAGUCAUCGGUGCAUACAAACCGCUAACAAAACCAUUUAGAAGAUGACGACAGCAGUAUUAUUUUCAAGCUUGCACUCCUGAAACAAUCCUUAAAAAAAAUAAAAACCUGUCAUCUUCAUACAAUAUAUAACGCCUAAGUUGAAAUACGUAGCUGAUAAAAUGCGCACAUUUUGGUCAAGUUCAGCCACUUUUUCUCUUUUUGUGUUCGGCCGUAAUUUUUUUUCUCGGAUGCAGUGCUUGGAACGAAAACUCGCAGCAACGUUGACGGAGGUUCCGUUGGCAUGGUGAUGCAAUUGGGGCCUCUCUACGGACAAUCGUUUAAAAGAGGAAAAAAAAUAUAGAAUUCUGGUAAUUCUAAUGAAAACACAAUGAUUUUAGUUGUCAAAGACUCCAUCCACCAUUGUUGCAUAGUGAAAUCAUGUAAGGCCAUCUGCUAUUAAUCUUUCUCUGGACAGGUGCCCUGGAAAAGCACCAACACAAUGAAAAGGGUCCAUUCCACCUGUUUUAUAUAAUGUACUACAGGGUAUAUGGUCAUAAGUACUUACUAUACAGAAAAAAAUAAUGUUUAUAGAAUCUAUUUUAAAUAACAUGUAUGAUAUCGGUAGUUAGACCAUUCUUAAUUGUUGAAUUGAUAAGGCACUUUUAUUUCCACCUUUCUUUAAUUUAAGACUUGUAUAUUUACCUAGUGAUGUGUUGCAUGUGCACAAGAAAUACAAGUUGAAUCAUGGUCACAGAGGUUAGUCCUGGGAGCUGCAGAUGAUACAGGUCUGGAAGUGUCGGGGGCAUUUGUCAGGAUGGCUGCUGCGGCUGCUGGACAGCGAUCACAGAGGCAUGGACGAGAAGGCGAGUUUAAGACACUCCCUCCACUUUUUCUUUAAAAUCAAAUAGAAAGAUAACUGAUACGCCCUUUUAGUGGAAUGCAAAUUAACUCUGAUCGGGCCUGGCUGUUUGACUUAUUCUCUUAGAUUGACAGAAAAUAGUGUUUUUAUAAUUAUUUAGACGUUUGCGAUUUACACACUUUGAAGAACAUUAAUUUCCGAACUAUCGGUUCCCUACGUUACUGUGAAAUACAGAAUCCACUGUAUUGUGGAGGUUGAAAAAAAAAAAAAGAAAACAAACAAUACAAAUUAGAUGUACUCCUGGGAGAAAAGCCAUGUGGUUCACUGAGAAAAUACAUUUGAAAAAAAAAAAAAAAAAAAGAUCCGACUCAGACUGUAAUCCAACGUUUCCACCUAGUGGACGAUAAAGGAACGACAUGCCAGCGUGGCAAAGGGUCCACGCUAUAUACUCUUAAAGCACAUUAUUAAAACAGUUAAAAUGUUUUUUUUGUUUUUGUUUAGUUGUAUUUAAGAGUGACUUUCAGCCUUCUGGCCGCAGCCUCAGCCCAGCAGCGCCUUACAGGACACGGAAGAAACAGAGAAGGGAAAUGAAUAUUCAAAGCCUUGUCUGGUAGUAAAGCUUCUAUUUUUGUAACUUGUUUUGGUUAAUAAACUCAUGAAAGAGAACGAGGGAGAGAAAAAGAUGUCAGGUAGCACUUAACUAUAUCCCUGCAAUAAUUAGAGUAGCUGGUGUUUGUAUGAUUAGGGGAGAAACAUGAAAACGGUAGGACAAGUGCUAUUUUCAGAGCGCUUUGUUGUUGUGCUUCUGUUUUGUUGAGUGCGUCUUUCUUGUCAUCAGUGUGGUAGUAAAGUGGUAGAAAAAAAAAAAACCCUGGAUGUGCCAAACAGUUGACGUUGCUUCUGCUCUCCAGUCUACUCGUCUGUUAUGUAGAAUGGAUUCCUAAGACAUUCCAGCAAUCGCAGUAGCGGCUUCUAGAAAUAUCUUUUUUUGGAAGAAAAAACAAAAAAAAAAGGAAAUAAAAAAGAAAACCUGAUACCCCCUUUAGAAACCCAACAAAGCAUGUUAACACGUCUGUCACCAACUGUAACAUAGAAUCCAAUUUAGUUUUUUGUUGUUGUUCUGUUUUGUGUUUGCACACUAUCAUUCCUCCGCCGUGCAAUGUGUGCAAGGCGUUAGCGCCUUGUGUUGUCACCCCUCAGGGAAGAGUUUCCUUUAUACUUUCUGUUUGAGAAGACAUUUGUUUGUGUUCAUUAGUUGGUUUUUUUUCUUCUUCUUUUGAUUGUUUCAGGGAUGUUCCAUGGGAAGUGAUUUUAAUCUAUGAUUUGAAAAUUCAUCACCGAGUUGUUCAGAAUUUUCUGUUUCUGAUGUCCAAAGGGGGCCUUCAGCCGAGUUUAAAGAUACUGAAAAAAAAAAAUGGAAAAAAAAAAAAAGUCGUCUGUGACAACAACAAACCCUAUCACUUUUACAAACUGCAAAAACAUAUUCCUGUCACACAAAACAAAUCUGUUUUGGUUUUAAAUGGUGUCAUCAGGGUCUUUGCAAAUGAUUACCCUCUUUGUUAGAAAACCAAAUAUUCUUAUGCAAUAAUAAAUCUGUUUUUGUUUUGGCUUAUAGUAUAUAUGCUGUACCUGAGUAAUAAUCUCUAUUUUGAUCCAAUUCUGUUUGGAUAUGCACAAGCCCUCCAUGACUAGUUAACCUCAGUCUCAGAGCAAAAGAAACCCAGUCUGGAACACUGCGAGACAAUCCAGGUUGAGGGGCCCCAGUGGCCCCGGCAAGAGCAGCAAACAGAGGAUGAGGUGUGAACGCUCAGGGAGUAAAGCUGCCUGCUUUCCUCUGGCGCUGCGGAGCAUUCGAUUCACGCUGUUGUGAAUUUACGAGAUCUGAAACCGUUCAACCGCUACAGGAGCUUGGCUGAACCUUUAGGCGUAGCACGCUGGACACGUAGCUUCUCUUCAGGAAAUGAAGAAGAAAUGGAGAUUUGGCUGAUUUCCUGUUAACAGUUUGCAAAAAAAAAAAGAAUCUUUUUUUUUUUAAAGCUUGGUUUGAUAUUGCUCAAUUGUUGCAUUAACAAUUCAAUAUUUUGACAAAUAUGAUGAGCGACAGUCUGCCACCAAAACGGUUCGCUCAUCACGAGGUGAAAAUGCGCUCAGUUCUGCUUUUUGUUCGAGUCCAAACAGUUGAGCGGCUCGCCACGUGCUCUACAAGACGCAACAAGCAAUAUGCCUUGUGUUACAAUUACGGGUCUCCACACUGCAGUCAUCAGCCGUUUUGAUUGACUUCAUUCGUUUAAGCUCCAACGUUUGUGCUCGGUUUACAACAGGACAGUUGAAAGCUCCAUCGGUCUAUUUUCAUCUUAUUUACUUGUGCGGUUGCAAUAAAGGCAGGAGAACGGAAAAAAAACGGUCAUCAAAAAUACAGAAAGUUCACCCUUAUCAUUGCCUGAGAAGUGAUAUUAUUCUGUGUAUUCUCUUUUGAGUUAUCCCGGUUUAAGUAAGUGGUUGAUUCUAUGUGUGCUAUUCAAUCAGUGUAUAGUAAAAGGUCAAAUGUGCUGGUCCUUCUGUCUCUGCUCUGAUGUCUGUUAAAAGAAAAAAGAAGAAAAAAAGCAAGAGUGUGUAUGUGUGUGUGUGUGCGUGUGUUUGUGUUUGUUCUCACAAUGCGUGAAUAAAAUAAACCCCAGACAAGGCUUUAAAAAUUACAGAGGAGCAGGGUUAUGUGGAUGACGAGGUUUUGAUUUUUAUUUUGGACUUCUUUUAAAGAAGAAAAGGAAGAAAAAAAACUAAAGGAAGCUUUUGGUAAUGCUGAGCUUGAUCCAUCCGUAUUAAGUGUAGGUUAUAAAAAGUGUGACAUAAUGCUCUUUUUCAAAUUCAAGGGCCCGCAGAACUCUGUGGGGCGGGCGCCGACUAGCUAUCGGCCGGGCCAGCUCUGCUGUGAACUAAAUAAAAUAAGUUCUGGGCUCUAAAUCGCAGAAUUAAGCCCUUGUGACCGCGAAUUGUGAAGAUUGGCAUUGUGUCACGCAGUGUGUUACCCUGAAUUAUGAGUCGUCAUUGCAUUUUAACAAAACUCAUUUUCCAAAGCACAGGUAGCAAGAGUUUAUGAUAAAAAUUAUGUUUAAAGAAUAUGUUCUUCUGUUUUUUGUUGGGUUUUUUUUUUUACAAAAAAAAGUGAGAAGCAACUUUUAGCCAUAAUUGAAUGUCAAGCAAUAAUAUAUGUCAGUGUAUUAUUUCUCAUUCUUUUGUGCAUAAUAGUCUUUUGAGCAUCUGCAUGUAAAUACACCUCUUAUUUAUCACUAUUUGGUUUAUUUUGUGUUGACUUUGUGGAUGUUUUUACAUUUCAUCUGUAUAUUUGACCAGUUCUGUUCCUAAGUGGAGAACGUAGAACUUGACAUGGCCUGUAUGCUGUAUCUUAUUUUCUCCCUCUCUCCCUCAUUCUCAGCUGUUUAUUCGCCAUAUUUAAUAUUAUUAUUAUUAUUAUUAUUGACCACAUGUAUAAAGGUAGCUCUGUAACUUCUGUCUGUAUAAGUAAGAGGAAAAUACUGCUACUAAGGCCUCCCCCAGUGAAAAUAUUUAUCCGUUUGUCACUUUCACCAUAUUGUAUGAUAAUUGUUUCUACUUGGCUUCCCUUCUUUAGGAUUAGUUUGAUAGCGAUAGGGUGUGAAGACAUUUAUUUUGUGUUGCCCUGAUGUGUGGUGCUAGGUAAGUUAAUUUUUGUGAACCAAGUAUUGAUUCCUAAGCCUGGCCGCCCUAUAAGUUAAUUAACUGCAUUGCCUAUAAAUGUAUUAUUGAUAUUAGGACUCAAUUAAUAAUAAUGACUAUAAUUAAAAUGAUAGUGGUAACAAUUACCCAGCCAGUACCUGUAUCAGUGUGCUAGCCCUGGGGAUAAGGCACUUUUUCUUUUCUUUUCUUUUUUUUUUUUUGACUUAUAGCAAAACUAGAAUCUGCUAAUUAACAAAGUAUUUAAGGUUGCUUUUCUGAUUCAUGGAAAACUGAUAUUGAAACUGAAACAGCAGUAUUGUGUCUUUUCUUUGUCUGAUUGUAAAAAAAAACAACAACCACUCGCUGAGGUUUAGUCGGUCAGGUUUUAAGACGCUGUUUACCUCCAGCCCGGGUUCGGUUCCGGGUUCGGUUCCGGGGGCCUCCCUAUGCUUUUGUUACCCCCCAGUUUUUAGAUUGUCCCGAAACAAGCAGCUCCUUCAGACCAGCGGCGUAAAUCUUUUCCACCACAUGAAGUGUUGCGAAAAUGUGCAUGAAAGAGUUGCCAUAGCAGACGAAGUGGCUCUUCUCUACUCUGUAGCAGUUAUUAUCAGUGAGAAUUUGCUCGCAAUAAAACACACGCAUCACACUGAGUGCCUCUCGGUGUAACGACACGCAUACGUGGUUUUGAUUGUCCUUUUUCUGUGGGUUUUGUUCUUUUUUUCCAGACGUGUACCGAAGUGACUAUGUAUUUUUUUUAAAUGAGGAUGAAUUCAUGCCCUCACUGGCUUAAAAAAAUGUUGUUCUUCAUUUUUUUUCCUCCAUGUGUUGUUGUUCUCACCCGCGUUGGUGCGCAAUGUUGAAGGGUUUCACUGAGCAGACGGUCCUGUUUUUCGAGUCCAUCACAUCCCCCUACCUUGGUUUCAGAAACUGGGAAGUUUUGUUUCACGUUGGCCCAAAAAUGGUCAAUCAAUGCUCGCGGAUAAAUAUUACUGAACUGUUCACUUGCACUUUUUUUCUGAUGAUAAAGCGAAAGCUAAUGAAGCCCCAUGUUUUGUGUUUUUUGUUUUUAAUUUUCUAUUUUGUGGUUUUUAUUUCACUGCGAACAGAAGAUUUACUAAUCCAUUGUGUAUGAAGUAUUUGUAUGUGUUUGUAAAGCAGGCGUACAACACAUGUUGAUUUUGAUUUCUUUACUGUUCUGUGUGAAAUGUGUGUCGGGGCAACUUCACACGUGGGGUGGGCGUUGGAGCCUCAUUCAACGCAAAAACGAGUACAAAGGAAAGAAAAGCCCAAACGAGUGUGUGGUUGUCACAAAUUUCUUAGUCACAUGUUUGCUACUGACGUUAAAUGGGGACAGAUGAUCAUGUACCUUUUUAUCCAGCUCUUUUGAACUCUCUUUAGCAGGUAGUCUAUUCACAAACGUAGUUUUGCUCCUCCUUGUCUGAUUCUUAAAUAUUGAAAAUAAGUAUUUUGAUUCAUUUUGUAAAUACAGCUGUAAAGAAAAAUAAGAAAUUUAAUGUUGUCUUUUAAAUACUUUUCAUUCUAAUAUGAAUGUUGUUAUAUUGUACUUAGAAACUGUACCUUUAAUAUUACCUUUAUUAAAAGUGCAUUGGACACAUCGAUUUUAGAUGUGCUUUAUGUGCUGUUAUCCCAUAAUAAAAUU